AUGGCGACCUUGGCGGACACGUUCCUGCAGGACUUGGAAGACCUGGAAUUUGAAGAAGAGAGUAACUUUAUCAACUUCAAUGCAGAAAAGAAGGAAGGCGAACAAGAUGAAGGUGACAAGAUCAGUCAUGUGGGGGAAGGCAAGUUCGAGGAGGAUGACUACGAAGAAAUUGUCGAUGCAAUCGAAGAGUUCCUAAACGAAAAGAUAAAAAAAAAGGAAAGGAAAAUAUCCGAAUUACUCUAUGAUGAGGAGUUCCUGAAAAUAAUGAAUAACAUCAGGAACUAUGUAAUGGAGGAGGGGAGCGGUGCAGAUGAUGAAGAUAAUGAAGAGGGCGGUGAGGAUGGAGAAGCUCGUCGGGCAAAAAAGAGAAGGAAAAAAGGGCAGUCAUCUGGAGAAGGCAAAGAAGCGGAUGAUGUAGAAGACGACGUGGAUGAAGACGCCGCUGCUUCGAAGGAGUCAGAUGAAGUGCUGAUCGAAAAAUGCAUCGAGUUAAUAAUCCAAAUAGACACAGAAAUCCUAAACAUCCAUAAAUACGUGAAGGAUAUUUACUCGACAAAAUUCCCCGAAUUGGACUCCAUCGUGUAUACCCCCCUGGAGUACAUCAGCGUGGUGAGCAAAAUAAAAAACGAAAGUGAUUUGAAAAAUAUUGAUUUCUCCGAUAUUCUUCCCAACACCACUGUCAUGGCUAUCACCGUCGCGUCAAGUAUGACGACAGGGAUCAACCUAUCUGAUCACUCACUAAAGAAUUGCCUGUCCUUCUGUAAUGAGGCAUUAGAAUUAAACGAAAACAGACGAAUGAUAUUACUAUACUUAGAGAGCAAGAUGUUUCUGCUCGCCCCAAAUUUGACCAUGCUCUUAGGCAGUGCACUAACAGCCCGCUUAAUUAGCUCAGUCGGGUCGUUAAAAAAUCUGUCCAUCACAUCAUCUCAGAACCUUAUAGUGGUAGGAAGCUCGAAGAAGUCUGUCCUUGGCCUUAGCAAUGUACGGAAGACAUUCGGAAUAGGUAUUUUAAGUACCUCUGAAAUUGUACAGAGCGUCCCUGACGCAUAUAAAAAAAAAGCCAUCAGUCUGUUAGCCGGUAAAUGUAGUCUAGCAUCAAGAGUCGACUAUUUUAAAAAGUAUCCUGAGGGACAAUAUGGAUUGCUACUUCGAGAAAACUUAAUAAGUCAUUUAAUUAAAUUACAAGAGCCGCCUCCAAUGAAGCAGAAAAAAAUCCUCCCCAUGCCUGAUGAGAAGAGGAAAAGAAAAAGAGGAGGGAAGAGAUAUAGGAAGUUAAAGGAAAAAACGGAAAUCACAGAACUCAGGAAGCAGAUUAAUAGGUUGCCCUUCGGACCAAACUCCAAUGAAGACUUUUACACAUUCACCGACCAAAAUGCAGCUCUGCUAAAUUCAAAUAUCACCAAAUUAAAGUACCAGUCUAAACAAAAGGUGAAUAAUGUUGCUAAGAGAAAGAAUCUCUCCGUGCAAUCCAGUGGAGUAACUGGUGGAUUGUCGUCCUCCCUGAUCUUCACUCCCCUGCAGGGCAUUGAGCUGUUCAAUCCUUCUGUCAUCAACCCGAGGCCGGACCCUGUCGAGAACAAAUACUUCUCUAGCAAGGCCCAAUUCCGCAAGGUGUAA